GACCUGCAAGGCUUCGAGUCUCAUCCACCACUCCUCUUCGUCUUGAGCCGCUGCGCGGGGGUCACUCUCACAGACAGCCUCGUGGGCACCCCAUCUGCGCAGCAUGGCGCCUCUAGCCAGCGAACCACGCCAGGUGCUGACCGUGCUGAACCCGGCCCGGCGCAAAGCUCUAUACACGCUCCUGGUAGAGAUCACCGCCUUCAUGCGCUCGCAGAUCGAGUUUCACGAGUCAACAGGGAACUCGGGCUCUGCACCCCUCCUCAUCGACCCGUCCGCUGAGAACAGCAUCAUCAUUCCCGGGGAAGCCGCUGCGGCCGACUCGACCCCGCCCAGUCCGGCCCUCGUGCGCCUCCGGACCGCCGCCAUCGAGCACUUUGAUGCUUGGCGCAAGGACGUCCUGGCCAAACUAAAGGAACUGCUCUCCACGCCGGACGAUGCCGCCGUCGUCGAGGAGCGCCGCAAGCGCGCUGAGCGCGUGACCCAGCAGCAGCAGCGGCAGCAGGGAACGCAAAGCCGGACUCGCUCGUCUGCCGGCCACAGAGCGGACCUGAUGGGGGCCUUGGAUGCGCGGCCAGAGAACGAGAGUGAAGGAACGAUGGGAAGAGGGAACGAAGAGGACCCCGCCCAGGCCGUGGCCCGUCUGCAGGCGCACUGGCAUCCCAUCCCGACCCGGUUGGUGACCAUCCCCGAAGUAGACCGCAAGGAGGCGCUCAGCUGCGUGCUGCUGGUGUUGCUUUCCACGGGACACUACUCUGCCCACUCAAGAGCGUUGGCUGUGUAUCUUACCUCCGCGCUGGAGCUGCCCCUGGCCGUGUUGAACGCCGAGGAGGUGGAGAUUGCCAAGUCGCUGGUUGAGCGGUCCGCCGAAGCUGCCAGGCAGCAGCGGACCAUGUCCGCCGACGCCGAGGCCGAACAGAGGAAACAACAGAACCAGGCGAGCCGGUACUGGAAAGUCGGCCUGGCCUCGGUGGCAGGAGCCGCCAUUAUCGGCGUUACCGGCGGCCUUGCUGCUCCAGUGGUUGCUGGGGCGAUCGGUGGUCUCAUGGGGUCUGUAGGCCUAGGCGGGGUGGCCUCGUUCUUGGGUAUCUUCUGGAUGAAUGGCGCGCUUGUAGGAACGCUUUUUGGGGCCUUCGGGGCGAAAAUGACGGGCGAGAUGGUCGACCGAUAUGCUCGGCAAGUCGAGGACUUUCGCUUCGUUCCCCUGAAAGAUGAGUGGGGUACUCGAAGCGCCACCCAGGAUGACAGGCGUCUCCGGGUCACCAUUGGCAUCAACGGCUGGCUGAACGCGAAAGACGACAUCACCAAACCCUGGCGCGCUCUCGGCGAUGAUUCCGAGGCAUUUGCUCUGCGCUACGAGGUGAAGAGCCUCCUCGGACUGGGUCAGUCCCUGAAGGAGCUUGUCUCGUCCUACGCCUGGAACACCGUCAAGCUCGAGAUUCUCAAACGAACAGUGCUGGCGACUCUGUGGUCAGCUCUCUGGCCUGCCUAUAUCUUGUCAGCGGCAAGCGCCGUAGACAAUCCCUUCAGUCUCGCGAAGAACAGGUCGGAGAAGGCUGGAGAGAUCCUCGCGGAUGCGUUGAUCAACAAGGUACAGGGCGAGCGCCCCGUCACCCUCGUCGGAUACUCUCUCGGUGCAAGGGUUAUCUACUCGUGCCUGCGAUCGCUGGCCGCGCGCCGGGCAUUCGGCUUAAUCGACACGGUUGUCUUCAUCGGCGCCCCCGUCCCGUCCAACAAACAACACUGGGACAUGAUGCGCGCCGUCGUCUCAGGCAAGAUGUUCAAUGUGUACUCUGAGAACGACUACCUCCUCGCCUUUCUCUACCGUGCUACGUCUAUCCAACUUGGUGUUGCCGGCUUGCAGGAGAUCAAGGACAUCGAAGGGGUGGAGAAUCUCAACCUCAGCGAGGAAGUUCAGGGGCACAUGCGAUAUGCCAAGCUCAUCCCGCAGAUUCUCGCCAGGUGUGGCAUUCCGGUGGUCCGCGGUGCCGACGGACCCAUCGAAGAGGACGAGGACAGCAUUAGGCUCGCUGACUUGGAUAAGGACGGCACGGACCUCAUCGACCUCGAAGGUUUGCCUACCGGGGCUCCCCCGAAACAGAACCAGCCUGUCCCGCCCUCGCUGUCCCGCACAACAUCUCCCCAUCAACCACCCGCCGCUCCAGCCAAGAAUCAGCAACGCAUGACCGUAAUCAGAGCCACCCCAUCCGCCGUCACAGUCAGUCAGGAUCUCCUGGGUCUUGAAUUGUCCGACAUCCCCUCAUCCAGUCCCAACACGGCAACGAAGCCGACGUCCCCCUUUGCUCCCCAACCACAGGCAGCAGCAGGCCCACAACGGAACCCAAGCCUGCCAAAGUCCGUCCCGCCUGAGCGCAGUAACGCGCAAUUCACCGCGCGAGAGGAGCCCAACACUCCCUUGCGAGCUGACGGGACUUCAGGCCAAGCAGGCUCACCUGCUCUUGUUCCUGCUUCUGCCUCUGCUGUACCCAUGUCCCAGAUGCCGUACGCCGCAAAACCACCAUCGCCGGCACUUGCCUCCUCACACAGUGCGGUGGAUUAUAAAGAUGAUGAUGACGACGACAGCGACGAGGAAGGUGGAACGGGCAUCCAGAUGGUGGAUCACGAUGAGGAUGGCCUCACCCAUUGUGACCCAACGCCCAUUGAUGAUUACUAGUUGGCGAUGCCAGGCGAAAGAAACGAGGUGGCGAAACACUUGCACGACCGGGAUUAGAGCCAGCUAUCCAUUCCUCCCGAUGCG